AAAACCUUCUUUUCUUCAUUCUUUCAAAGGCCAGUGCAUUAUCGUGUUCUUAUUUUCCUCUCUUUUCAGUUAAGUCUUAAAUCUUUAUCCUCUGUUUUUCUGUUUUCUCUCUUUAAUUUCUCUUUGAUUCCCCAAAUUUCUUGUUUGAUUUUUAAGAUCUAGGGUUUCAUUUCAUCUUGUAUGUUUUGACAUUCAUUUCAAUGUUCAUAGAGCCUAUAUGAGCUAUCAAAUCCAGAUGCGGAGAAUCCGAAUUCUCCACUCUUUUUCUGUUGUUUUCCUCUACUGGUUUUACGUUUUCUCAUGAACUAUUCGUCUCAGAUUUCAUAGAUUUAGUUAAUUUCAGUUUUAGAUUCAAUCAAAUCCUAAUCCUAAUCCCCAAAAUUUCCCCCAAACCCUAAUUUUAGCGAGAAAACAACGAAAUUCCGGCUCUAGAAUCAAUUAUCAUGCAGCAACCGCAACAGGUUAGUUCCGAUUCGGAUUCCGACCCGAGGUAUGCAAACAUGGAUGAAAGGAAACGGAAGCGGAUGAUAUCGAAUCGCGAAUCGGCUCGUCGAUCGAGGAUGAAAAAGCAACAGCACUUGGAUGAACUGAUUAAAGAAGCUAGUGAACUGAAAUCUCAGAAUGUGGAGAUCUCGAAGAAGAUUGAUGCUGUUUCUCAACUUUAUAUUGGAUUUCAAUCCGAAAACAAUGUAUUGAAAGCUCAAAUUAUGGAGUUGACUGAUAGAUUGAGGUCUUUAAACUCAGUGCUUCAGUUUAUGCAGGAUACCAGUGGACUUGCUAUGGAUAUUCCUGAAAUUCCUGGUACUUUGCUUGAGCCAUGGCAGCUUCCUUGCGCCUUGCACGCGAUUCCCAAUGUGUUUCAAUGCUGAACAUCAUUUGUGGCUAUUCUAAUGCGUAAUGGUGGUUAACAAUGACCUUAAAGAUGAGAAAAAUUAUGUCCGUCAUUCAAUUUCGAUUGAGAAAUCAACGGUGAUGAAGAUUGUUGCUGUUGUAGCCUGUAUGUGUAUUGAUUGUUGUAUCAUUGAAGUACUAUCAUAUCAUUUGUGCUUUUGGUUUGUUUGGUUUUUUCAUAUACCUAAUGCCAUGCCUAGAUCCUAAUUACUGUCAAAUUUGUAUUAUUGUUGGCAUUAUGAUUGAUUGUAUUUUGCAUUGGAAUAAUUAUUAUUUUGAUUUUGUAAUAUGAAUUUUUGUUUGGUUUUGUUAAA